AAUAACAGAAAGGUAGUCAGAUAAGGAAACGGGUUAUAGGGGGUAAACAGUUACGCCCCCCACAGGUGUCUGCGCACAUUGCAUGGAGAAAGCGAGCUUAUUCCGCUGGUUCCAGUGUUUUUGCGCUGAACAUCAUAUUUUUAACAGGUAAUUAAACUACGUUAUCUACUUAAGGUGGGUAUCUUAAGUAGCCUAUGAUAUUUUGGAUGAAAAUAUAAAGUGAAGAUAACAAUUGCGUUCGUUGUUUUUUACGUUUUACGCAGUGUUGUUGUUCAGUUGACUUUUAGCAAAUUAUGUCGUCACCACAAUAAUAAACCCAUUUCAAUACUUGCGAGGAAAUUAAGAAACAAUUCCGCUGAAGUGUGUAAGUAGGGAACAGUCUUUGCUUCUUCCCUGUCUCAACUGUCUUGGAGUCGGUUUUGUUCCGGCGUUCCAUUCCACAGGGUGAGGGGCGGAGAUGGAAUAUUCAGAUCAGCAGAGUGACAGCUCCUGUUUCCCAACGCUCUCAGAAACUCCACUGGCGCCUUCCUCUAACUCCUCACUUCAUAGUUCUGGGUAGUAAAAACAUCGGACGCUAGGGGAUCAAGACGCAUGCCUCUACGUGGGCACUUUAGUGAUCUUUUGGGGUCGUUUUUUUCCCAUUUGAUUCUUUUUCUUCCUCUUAGUGGCUGCAUGAUUGUUCUGCGCGUCUGAUUGUUUAGUUGAUUUCUCGUGCUUUUUUCCUCUGGAAUAGGCGACAUACACACACUCACCAAUGUCGUAUCCUCAGGGUUACCUCUACCAGCCCCCCGGCUCUUUGGCUCUCUAUUCGUGUCCAGCUUAUGGGGCUUCGGCUUUGGCCGCCCCCAGGAACGAGGAGCUGGCACGGUCUUCGUCCGGCUCAGCCUUUAGUCCCUACGCUGGAUCCGCUGCUUUUACGGCUUCAGCCAGUGGCUUCUCAAGUCCACUGCCAUACUCAACAGAUCCGACCACGGGGUUCCCAUCGUACAUGGGCUCUCCAUACGAUGCCCACACUACAGGCAUGGCUGGUGCAAUAAGUUACCACCCUUAUGGAAGUCCUGGAUAUCCCUACCAGCUUAACGAUCCGGCAUACAGGAAGAACGCAACCAGAGACGCUACAGCCACCCUAAAAGCCUGGCUACAGGAGCACAGGAAGAACCCCUAUCCCACCAAAGGAGAGAAGAUCAUGCUGGCCAUUAUCACCAAGAUGACCCUGACGCAGGUCUCUACCUGGUUCGCCAACGCCAGGAGGAGACUGAAGAAGGAGAACAAGAUGACUUGGGCACCGCGGAAUAAGAGCGAGGAUGAGGAUGAGGAUGAUGGAGACGGGGAGAGAAAAGACGAACGUUCAGAAAAGAACCUUGACAACAGCGAGAUAUCAGCCGAGGACGAAGGUAUCAGUUUGCACGUUGAUACACUCACAGAUCAUUCUUGUUCAGCGGAAUCGGAUGGAGAGAAGGUGAACUCCAGGAUAGGAGACGCGGCUUGCGAGUCUGGAUCAGAUACAAAGGACAAAUGCGAGGAUGAAGAUCACGAUAUAGAAAAUGACGAACGCCAGCGAGGCCUGUCACCGAAGCCGGUGACAUCAUCACCCUUGACAGAAGUGGAAGCUCCGAUGCUGAAUCACCAUCAUCGGGAAGACUCCCGAAACAACAACAAAUCAUGCAUUGACAAUAGAAUGUCUUCAGUUCCACAGAAUCAGACCGUUAAACCCAAAUUGUGGUCAUUAGCAGAGAUUGCCACAUCGGACCACAAGCAGCACCUGGGGCAAAACUGUCCCUCGAGCGCUGGCCUUCUGAACUCCACUUCAACGACGUCCCCAGCCGGCGCUGUGUACCCUGCGUCCUCCAUCUUGGGAAGACCUAUUUAUUACACAUCUCCUUUUUAUAGUAAUUACACAAACUAUGGCAACUUCAGCCCGUUGCAGGGCCAAGGGAUUCUGCGGUAUAAUUCGUCUGGAGCGGCUGCUGCUGCUGUCGCCGCAGCUGCGAAUGAGGGACUCACUCAGUCGGUUCUUGAAGCAAGCUCCAUGCACAAACAACAGAGCAAUGACUCUUUCAUUAAAAGUAUCUCAAACCAGAUUGAUCAACAAUUCAGACCCUCAAAUUUAGAGUCAAAGAAAGGUAGGUGUCACAAUUGCUUUGAAUAAAGCAAGCAAGCCAUCACCUCUCCACCCCGUUCACCCCUAACCUUUUCUCUAAACUGGAACGCAACUCGUGCCACCGUUGACAAGAAGGCUGCUGCGCACUAGAACGUCUCAUUCCUCAGUGACUAAAUAACCAGUGUGAUAACAUAUACACGAAUUAUUUGUAUAAUUUAAGUUUUGUUUUUAUGAAAUGUGAAUAUGCUGGUUCAGUCCAAUGUAGUUAAAGUGAUUUUGGAAGACAUGUUAUUUCUCAGGAUUUCUAGUUUCUUCGCCACGGUAUGGUAGCCUAUACUUUAAGUGUGAACAUGAUUUGGCCUUCUGUACACCCGUAAUUUGUAAAGAGAUGUCUGACGUAUAAGGCGACCGAACAUAUUAACUUGAGGACUUAAGUGGAAUACAUUUGAUAUUUAUUUUUUUAAUGAUGGCAAAUGCCUAUAAUUUAUGCAAGUUGUAUUGCAAUGUAAACUGAACUUGUUUGUAAAUGCAUUGACAAUUUUUAUUUGAAACGCAUUUGAAAGUUAAACAAUCUUGUUAACAAGAGUACUUUACUAAUUUAUAUCUCUGAUUGUAAAUUAAAAACGCGCUAGUGUGUACUGGCGAGGUAGUGCUAUCUAUUAUUCAAAGGAAAACAAAUUAAACCGUUUUCCUCCGUAUAUUUAACUCUGAGACUCUUUCAUUCCUUUAUUACCAGCCUUCUGCUAAUGAACUGUUUGACCAAAACAUGUGAAUGAAGGUGGAAACACUUACAUUUUUUACACAUAACCUCGGCUAUUCCGUGCUUUAUUCACCGACACUGAUGGGUAUAAUGUACUUUAGUUUUGCCUGCAUUCAUUUUUCAUGAUUAAUACAGCCAUAGGAUGCAAGCAUUGUAAAUUGCCAGCGGGGUGAUCCCGCGAGCUUUUGGCUUAGCUCUGAACGGUCAGUCGGGGUUCAUUAUAGGCGAUAUUGAACAAUCCAUAAAACCCUAUCUUCACAUCUGCCAGGGCCAAUGGAGUGUGAGAUGUGGCUAAUCGCACCGCGUUUUCUUUGUUCUUCAUUUGUGUGAAUGAUAAAAGUUUUCACACAGUGAUAAGUCACAUUAACAUCGGAUACAUUAACACAUUAUUAUCAUUACUAUUAAUAAUAAUAACAACAACAAUAUUAACAAACACAUUGGAAUUGUUGUUAUUAUUAAAGACUAAUUCAUGCCCUGAUUGGCUACAUUAGUUAGCCUAGUAAAAAGUUAGAUUUAGCAUGAGGGUUAGUGCUUAUAUGAUUAAAAUGAGCUAACUGAGGUUAGGUAUACCAUUUAAAUGAUGGUCAAUAUGUUUAAGGGUAUUUACUAAAUAGUCAUAAUAAUAAUAGUAAAAGCAAGUUUGCACGCGUCAAAAUUGAUGCGAGUGGUGCAUCAACGCAUUGCACUGUGAUGGGUGAAUUAUCUUAUUUAGCCAACCUCC